GCGGAGUCCACGCUAAAGUCAUCUCCUCGAGUCCUCGUCGGAGCCUGUAUUGCUUUCUACAAGCUUGGAGAGGGAAGUGGAGGGGCUGGAAAGAGUGUAGAUAGAUGGACAUGACGAGAGAGAUUGAUGGUUUUCUACAAAACAAAUUUUGCGUUAGCUUUGAUCAGAAGAUCGAAGAGAGUGGCUCCAAAUUUCGCCUGCAAGCCCAGUUUCGGGAAAUAAGGGAUUUGCUCCGAAAUAUUAAUAUUGGUAACUGCUCGCCGACGGCAACCGAUAAGGAGAAUCCAAUGAGGGAAACCCUUUACAGCCUCAACGAUGUUUGGACGGAGUGCCAGAUAACGUCAAAGACCAACUUACUUGCCCGUGAUCCCUUAAGGAGGAAGUUAAGCAAGAUCAAGGAGGAGAUAGAGAAAGUCAAAUCAUCUUCAAAUGGCGGAACAAAUACCCAACAGUCUAAUGAUAGACAAGUGAGCUCAAUUCUUCGCUGGAGCUCUCGGUCAGUUGAUGCAUCGAUGGUUCAUGGGUUUGAUGACGAUGUAAUCUCACUGGAAAAAGUACUUCUCAAGCAAGGAAGUGAGGGUCGUUUCAAGGCAAUAGGGAUCACCGGUAUAGCUGGUUCAGGGAAAACCACACUCUGCCAAGUAUUGUUCAAUAAAAAUGAGGUGAAGGACUACUUCUUUCCGAGGAUCUGGGUAUGCAUGUCAGCACAGCCCGGCGACGAUCCGGACCCAAAAAUAGCGAUCCUGAAGAGAAUGUUGGAGAGCCUUGGAGUAGAAGAGGAGAUAAUCAACAACCAGGAACAUAAUCUCAAGGAACUACUGUAUGCUCUUCACCUGCAAUUGCAGGGGAAGAGAUAUCUGAUUGUGUUUGAUGAUGCCAGGGGCGGGGGCGGGGAGACAGACAAAUGGUACAGAGAGCUGAGUUUUUCGCCUACUCGUGAUGGACAAUGGGAUGCUCUUGCUUAUGGGUUGCCAAAAGAGUGUGGGGGAGCAGUUAUUGUCACCAGUAGGAAAGAGGAAAUAGCUAAAAAGAUGGUUGGCAGUGAGGGAAUCCUACAUCUCGUUCAGCCCCUUUCAGAACCAGAGAGCUGCUGGCUUAUAUUCAUGAAAGCAGCUGAACAGGACAGUAUGAAGCUCAGCACCUCCGAUGCGGGAAUUCAAAAGAAAGAAAUCUUUAAAAGAUGUGCGGGCCAUCCAUUGACUGCAAAAAUGAUGGGUCGGAUCUUCAAAAAGCAACACCCAGAGGGAGCAGCUCCAAAUGGAAGCCUUCAACAACUCCCAGAGGAAGGCGGUCCAAAUGAAAGCCAUCAACUCCUCCUAGAGGGAGCAGCUCCAAAUGGAAGCCUUCAACAACUCCCAGAGGAAGGUGCCCCAAAUGUAAGCCAUCAACAACACCCAGAGGGAACAGCUCCAAAUGUAAGCCAUCAACAACACCCAGAAGGAACAGCUCCAAAUGUAAGCCUUCAACAACACCCAGAAGAAGGUGCCCCAAAUGGAAACCUUCAACAAAAUGGAAGCCUUCAACAACUCCCAGAGGAAGGUGCCCCAAAUGUAAGCCAUCAACAACACCCAGAGGGAACAGCUCCAAAUGUAAGCCAUCAACAACACCCAGAAGGAACAGCUCCAAAUGUAAGCCUUCAACAACACCCAGAAGAAGGUGCCCCAAAUGGAAACCUUCAACAAAAUGGAAGCCUUCAACAACUCCCAGAAGAAGGUGCCCCAAAUGGAAGCAUUCAACAACACCCAGAGGGAGCAGCUCCAAAUGGAAGCCUUCCACAACUCCCAGAGGGAGCAGCUUCAAAUGGAAGCGGACCGUAACAGUAUUCUAUAUUGUAGUUCCUUCUUCUCUUGCUUUUGAUUUAUCUUCUUCGAAGUGUUUAGCUUUAUGUUGUCAUUUCCUUUUGAAAUCAGAUAAAUGUUGCCUUUGUGUGUGCUGAUCA